UUCAGAUCUCGACUAAAUGUAACGCAGUCAUUACUCCGAUUGCUCUUUUCAAUGAGUAUGUUCUAAGAUAUAAAACGAGUUGAUCGUCUACAUGAAUCGACGCUUCCGCGACAUAAAUAUGUAAAUACAGUAUGGCCGAGAGAAGCGGAAUCUUUCUUACUUUUGCGGAUGGCAUUUUGCCAUAUGACUGAGAGGGUCGUAAAAUUUCACUAUUCAAUGUAAUCUUGUGGAUUUACGUACCGUUGAAUGAAAUGACGUGAGCGAUUCCAUGAAAACUUUAUAACGUAUUUCAACCGGUCGCACGGGUAUGUUGCUCGGUUGUCACUGGUGAGAAAGAGAAGGAGAGAGAGAGAAAGAGAUGUUAUGUUUAUAUCCCGACGAGAGCAGGACGUAGCAAGAGACGUUCGUGAGCGCUGAAUCUACGAGAGGAUGGAAUGCAACGAACGAAAACGCUAAUAUACAAUUUAACGCUAUGCCGCGGCAAGCUUACACUGUGUGUCCUGAUAUUUCGCUGGACGAUGUUAAGGCAGUAAGCACUGUCAUGGACACAGAUGUGGAACUUGGCAAAAGUGAAGGGUGCGAAACUAUUCCGGGUUGCUCCGGUUACUCUAGCAUGGUGCACAGUAAGAAAGUUAUUAAACAUGCAUUACGACAGCAGGCCAAACGGCGUAGAAAGAAUACAACAAUAGCGGCAGGCAAUUCCCGUACAUUACCUAGGAUUGUUGUCAAGCCGUUACCUCCACCUCCACCAAAUGAUCCACCAUCUCCAGUUAAUAAUGUACAACACAUCAACACAGCAGUGGAAGAACCUGCUGCCACAAUGAGAGAGGUUUUGGCUAGUUUACCUGGAUUUAGUUUAAAAUCAGGUCGCAGACGAUCUACAAAGAGAUUGUCAGCAACUGCGCAACUAGAAGCUGGUCUGGUGGAUUUGGAAUCUCCAGCGAGCAUAUUAGCAAGUACGAGUUUACGAGCUCUAUUAAAUAGGCAUACUUUUCAAGGCUUACCUCCAUUGUAUCAGCGAAAACUCGCACAACUUCUACCUGCUGUAGAUAGACAGGAUGCUGCUAUCUCCGGAUUGAAUAAUGAAUUCUUUGCGAGAGCUUGUCUAGAAUGGCGAAAGCGUUUAGCAGAGGGAGAAUUCACUCCAGAGAACCAACAACGUCUGAAAAUGGAAGCAGAGCGCGAUAAGAAUAAGCUAGAUCCAUGGAAAGUAAAACACUUCGAACCAAUAUGGGGAGAAAAACGAGAGCCUAAACUCAAAUCGAGUCUUCAUUAUAUUAACGAGUCACGUUCUAGUGGUGCGGUAACACGUUCAAGUUUAAGACUUCGUUUGGAGGCCAACAUUGAUAUCCCUGUGUCGGAACACACGGUCUGUCCCAUCGUAAUGGCAGAAGAUAAGAGUGACACCAAUUGCAAGACUGAGAUCAGUAUAAAAAAUUCCGACGAUAUAACUAACUCUGAAGAAGUGCAGCAAAAUUUGAUACCUUUGGAUUAUAAUACAUUGCCGGAGAAUUUAACCGACGAGAAACACCUGGAAGAUGCUGCGCACAUAAAUUCUGUAGAAGCAACAGAAGAUAUUCAAAUGCACGAGAGUAGAAAUACGGAAGAUGUUCAAAUUCAUGAGAGUAGAAAUGCAGAAGAUAUCCAAAUGCAUAAGAGUAAAACAGAAGAGAUUGACAAAAUUAUGGACGUUUGUAAUAAACAAGAUAUAAUUGAAGCUAAUGAUAUCACGAGACAAACUUGUCAACAGGAAGAUAUCUCGAAUGUCUAUGAAGAAGAAACAGAAUUUACUCCCAGCGAGAAAAACGUACAACCUAUAGAAAGCAAUAUAAUUGAAGCGUCAGAAGAAGACACUGUGCUGUUACCUGAUGAUAAUUCAUCGCCUAGAUCCAGUGAACAGAUGGAACGUGCAUCUCACACAUCUGGGGAAUCGAUUUCGCAGAUAUCCAACGAGUACAUGUCGCAGGCAUCCAUAGAUCAAAUUCCGCAAAUCGCAAAAGAGCAACUUUCUCAAAUAUCUAACGAUCAAAUUUAUCAAAUGUCGGAUUGUGAAACCACGAGUAUCCUAAAGACUUCAUCGCCACAGGAUCAAGUUAGGCCAGGAGAUAUUGUAAUGGAAGACACCAAUUUAAUUAACAGCAAUCAGACUGAAGCAAGUCAGGCUUCGCAUGAGAAUCCAGCGGAUAACGAAUCUCAGAUUCCAGAAGGAAUGGAGAUUGAUAGCGAAACCUUGCAACGUAUCCAUGAACUCGAGGUACGAGGAGAAAUGCGGGAAAUGUACGAAGAAAUUUCGGGAUGUCCGGAAGAAAUAAUAUAUCCGAUUUUGGAAGGAAUGGAGAUGGCUUCAACUAAUACGGAAGUAACCGAACCACAAGUGGUAUCUGGACAGACUGAAGAUACCAGAGCAACGGACGUAAAUGCCGGUAAUGAGGAUGAAGCUCUUCGAGAAGCAAAUAAUUAUGUCUGUUCCGAAAUGUUAGAGUGCAGUUGGACAGUGGAUCCGACUGUUAAUGGUAUCAGCAAUAAUAACAACAACAACAAUAGGACGCAAGAGGAACUACAAGUUCCUUGGCCUUUGGUAGCAGCUGCACUCGACGGAUCUGUAGCGGCUAAUAUCACAGUGACAACGCAGGAUGAGUGCAGCGAAACGUCUACAACUACCGACUCUACGAAUCCUUCGCAACAAUUUAUUAGCACCGACACUAAUGUGGAACCUGUCAACUGCAUUCAAUUGCCAGUUGUUCAGAGUGCUGCGUUUCAACCGGACGGCUUGGCCAUCAAUACGCCCGGGACCAGUUGCGUGAUGAAGAGCUUGCAAAGCUCGCAAGACCCGCCAAUUAUCGCAUUCCCGCAGUUGCAGUCCAUCAGAUUCGUGCAAACCAGCUUUAACCCGCAGGAGCAGGAGACCACGUCCACGUUGAAUAACUCGUCCGCAAUCUCGGCCGCCCAAAUGCAGCCACAACCGAGCACUACUGCUCAAGUUAAUAUGAUUCGGACACAGGAUACUAUCGCUCAAGUGAAUACACAAAAUAAUAAUAAUAACGCUCGUAGUAACGUUCAGAAUAUCAUCGCGACGCAAGGCCAAGUACAAAAUGCUCUCCCAACUACAUUGGGAGUGCAGUCUCAGAAUCGGGCGCAGAAUGCGAUUGUUAUUCAGCACCAGGCUACUACCUCCGCUCAACCCCGACAAAUCGCAGCUGCUGUACAUCAACAACAACAACAACCACCACCACAACAGCAGCAGCAAUAUGCUGGAUCAUCCGUGACCGUCUCAUCACGAUCCUCACGUGUGUCUAAUCAAGGCAGCCAGAGAGGUUCUAGAAACAGUAAUAAGGAGCAAGGAGGUAGAUCAAGAAGCUCUACGAAAGAACCGCCGGGUGCUGUCAAUUUAGAGCGCAGUUAUCAAAUAUGUCAAGCGGUCAUACAAAGUUCGCCGAAUAGAGAUCAAUUGAAAGCUCAUUUAAAACCACCACCUAGCUUACUUGCUAGAGCAGAUGGUGCUUUCACGACAAACAAGUCUGGCGGACGGACGGUAACGACGGUGAAACCUCAAAAAACGCAGCAAGCGAUCCAGCAUAACAAACAAGUCCAAAAUAAAUCACAGACUGUUAUGCUGAGACAUGUUUUUGCCACAGCGCGUCAAGCUACAUCAACGGAGGUUGCAGAAAACGCUCCUAUAGCACAACUCGGAUCUACCACUAGUAACGGUCUUGGGCAAUACAUACUUGUACAAAGAACGGGAGUUGGGGAUAGUGCUCCAAGAGCGUCGUCUGCCCCUCCGUUACCUCCACAAAUCGCAGGGAUGGGUGUCGGAGUGCAUUUGGUGCGUGGACGACCGGCAAGCGCUGGAGAAGGUUCUCAUCAAGCUGUCACGUUGAAAGCAAGAGGCGUGGAUGGCAGAGUGACGGGUGGCGCGGAACCCGGUGCACCUGGUAUGAUAAUCGGAGGUGAUCCACCACCCCCUUGCGAAUGUAAUAUGCGAGGAGCUAUGGUAAUUUGUCGGCAGUGUGGUGCCUUCUGCCACGAUGACUGCAUCGGGCCUAAUCGUGUCUGUACUACCUGCCUCAUACCUUAAUCAUUCUUCACCGACUGUUCGUGUAUAAAUUUAAACCCGUUACGAGAUUAGAGUGCUGAGAGAAUUCGGUUAUAAAUUAACAAUGAAAUUCAGCGAUAAAUUAACGCGAAAAACAACUGAAUUCGCUGAACGAAUACAAAUUUCUUGUAUAACAAAAUUGUACUAUAUUAAUACGACUGUCUUUUUAAUCCAGUCAGAGAGAUAAGACGAAUGUUUCUGAUGCACUAAGAUUGAUUGAGAUUAAACAGGAAUUAAUAAAAAAAUAAAAUUUUACACAUUAGUUCUUAUCUGUAAUGCACUUAUGUUCCUUCUGCUAUGUUUUAAGAUAGUUGCACCAGAGCCCAAGCUUUAUUACAUUAAAAUAAUUUUAUAUUAAAUAUAUGUCGCUUAUAUAGAUUUUACUUCAUAAAAAAGAGAAUGAUACAAAAAUUUAUAAUAUAUUUUGUAAAAAGGAAUAUAUGUUCUUUAGUGUUAUGCAGUACUUGGAAAUUUCUCAAUUUGAUCAAAUAAAGACUUUUUUGGUUUAGCAUCUUUGGCAAUUUUGUUUUGUAAGAAUUAUCUAUUUGACUGGAGUACACACCCGUAAAAUUAAUUGAUCAAAAUAUUAUAAAUGUUUACUGUCCAGCACUCUCUCUCUUUCUCUUUUUCUUUUUACUUCUCUCUAUCCUCUCUCUUACAUUAACGAAAACUCCUAUUUUAAAGUUAAGGGUGAUAAAGGAUACAGUUGAAAGUAUCAAGAAAUAUUCGAUUAUUCUAUUAUAAAUUUAAUAAAAAAUAUACAUAUUCUUAUUAUUAUAUUCUUGCCUAUCAUACAGAUUUUAUUACAGACUGGCAUACAUGUAUAAUAUGUUGCUAACAGAUAUUUCUGACUUCAGAUAUUUUAUCGACUUUAUACAAUGUAUACAAAAUUAUGUUAACAAAAUUAGCUUGUAUAAUAAAAGUACAGUGAUAUCUGCCUAGUUAUUUGACCGAGAGACAACUUAAUUUUUGCUAGAGAAGUUUAUUUACUGAAUAAUUAUUCUAAAUUUUAAUUUUUUUUAUAUAAUAUUUUUAUAUUUUGUUUCCGAAUUUAUUGCUACAUUAACAAGACAUCUGUGAAUUCUAUUUAAAUAAAAAGCAAAAAAAUAUAUUCGAUAUGGAGAACUAUGAAAAUAUAUAAUGUUUAUUUGCUUUGUGAAAUAAUCAAACUCUAGUCUAUACUAUGUAACAUAUAGUAUUAUGUAUGCACGUGUAUGUGUACAUAUACUUUAUAAUAUAGAAAUAGCACAAAAGAAUAAGUAUACUUGUACUAUUUCUAUAUUUAUUUAUUAUGUAUUUAUUACAUCGAUAGUAAAAUCUUUUAUAUUUUUUGUAAUUUUUGUAUUUUCUUUAUUAUAUAUUUCCCAUUUCAUUAUCACUCUCAUGCUCACAAAGUGCUUCUCUAAAUCAUUUUACGAUUAUUUCACACGCAAUCACAGCAUUUACUAAUAAGAUGAUAUGCACGGUGUUUUAUUAAUAUGAUAUUUAAUUACAUUAUAAUUUUUGCUACUAAUUCCACUAUUUCAACUGUAUUCUUGGAACCCUUGCUCAAAGUUUAAAACAUAAAUCUCCCAUACACCAAUCCUAAUACAGUCUUCCACUAAACAUCACACUCUGUAAUAUGUAUAUGUUUGUUAUUUAUUUAUUAUCAUGAAUUUAUUUUUAUUAUAGCUGUGUAGAGAAGAUAUUCCUGUACAUGUUGAUCUCGAAGCUAAGCGAUAAAUCCUUUGUACAUGCUCUCUUUUAAAUCAUUCCUUUGAAAUAGGACGAUCUACUAAACUCUAUUUGAAUCUUAAUAUAAUUCACGCUAUCUUUUGCAUAUUAGUAUAUGUUAUAUGUCAAACUAGUAUCGUCGGACAUUAUGUACAGGAAUGUAAUUUAACAUGAAAAUGAAUAAUUAAGAUUAACAGUUUAUUGCAGAUAAUAAUAAAAAGAAAAAAAAGAACAAAAAUAACUGAAUAUUCAUAGCUAUAAAACUAGGGGUAUACAUAUGUAGUUCUAUAUUAUUCGAUUUUAUCUCCCACUUUGUUACAAUUAACUCUAACGUUGUUAGUAUACCGAGGAAUGAUUUAUCGAGAAAUCGCGUACGGUUUGAUCAUCACCAUAACUUUAUCCAUAUGUUUUAGUUCCAGUUAGUGUUAACAAUCAGUUUACAGUGUCUUUGCAAAUAUCCCAUGCAAAUAAUGUAAAGGAUCUGCAAAGAAAAAAAAUCUUGCAAAGUAUUGAUUUUCAUGAUCUUAAGAUGGUGUUACUGAUUGGAGCAUAACAUAUACAUGUCGUAUUAAAUGCUAUAACCGUACACCUACAAUAUAUUGUAUCAACUUUGAAACAAUGUUCAAAUGUUUAUACACUUGCAUUACUCAAAAAAUGUCAAGACAGAGAUUUCAACACUCAUCACCUUAUGUUAACCAGAUAAGCAUUGACAGCAUUAUUUUUAGCAUUAAUAUCUGAUUUAUAUAUUAACUUCAUAUUAUUUAUUUACAAAAUGUUUCACAUUGGACAAAAAACCUGUUUGAAUCUUUAAUAAUUGAAUCUCAAAUAUCAGAUAUUAAUUUCAUGAGAAUGACAGAAGCUACCCCAAAAAUAUUAAAAUAUCGCAAAUAGUUAUAAAACUAUUUGAGGAUGAAAAUGGAAGAGGGAUUACUUCAAAAUCAAUUUCAAAAAUGCAUACAGAUAAAAUCUUAUCUCAUAGUUAUUUGAAUUUUAACUGGAUUUACUUGAAAUAUUAAAUACCAAAAUUCAAAAUUAUUGAUUGAUAAAUUUUUUAUUAUUCUCAGUAAAUCCUCUAUAUAUUUCGAGUAAAAUAUCUUAUGUUACAGGAAAAUAAUAAUUACCACGACGAAACAGUGAACAAUGUGGUAAAUAAGAUCGAUUAUGGUGUGCAGUUGUAGCGUUAGAAUACUUAAUUUUAUGUACAUUAGUUCAUUUUCUCUUUCAUCUCUGUGUGUACACAUUCAUACUUAAAUCCUCUCCCUAUCCAGUUGUUAUGAUCGUAUAAGGAUUUUAAGCAGUUGAAGGUUUUGAGGCAAUAAUAUGCUAAGUCACACGACGUGUAAAGACACGCCACAUCUUAGGCUUAUAUUUAUUUAUUGGUUCUGUUAUGCCGCGAUUUGAUUACUUACACUUUUCGGUACAUGAAACAAUAAAUUCGAAGAUCUUUUUUCUGUCGCUCGUCCGCGAUAAUUUAUCCCGUGUGGCUUGAUACGUUAUCGCCCUGGUCCGUCAACUUACGUUUAACGAAAUUAAGAAAUGUGCGUUGCAUAUUAUGUGUUAUACUUUUCUUGAUAUUUUUAACUGCGUUACUUACUGGUACCGAUUAUCUAUUAUGGCGCGCAUCGCAAUUAUGACAUUUAUUUUUUAUUCAGUAAUAAUAGUAAUUAGUAUUACUGCAAUUCGAUAGAAGUUACUCUGUAUCCGUCGCUCAAAUGUAAAUAAAGUAAUAUACGUUUAAUAUGGGAA